UCGUGCUUCUUUUAUGAAGAAGGAGGUCAACUUUUUCAUGACUCACUAUCGCAUGUUCAUUUCCAUUUAUGAGAAGAAAAUUUAGUACAUUUUGUGUGCAUACGUAUAGAUUAUGUGCAUGUAUUGAUUUCGCUGAGCUGAGAGUACAUCCAUCAGGUCUCACAAAAACUAUUGAUUUUGAACUGGAGACGUUUCGACAAUUUUUCAAAAAGUUUGCAAAAUAUCAGGAUAUUUUAAAAAUAACCACAAUGAAAGUGUGUACCCUGACCGCAAUUGCUUUGCUGAGCUUGAUUCUGGUCUCGUCAGUUUCUACGGGGUCCGCAAUGGUCGCCGACAGUAAACAAUUGGACAGGAUUGAUUUUCACUACAGUUAUCAGAGUCCACCAGUGAUUGUAAAGACGUUGGAGGAAUCCACCGUUGGAGGGGCAACUCCAUUGAAAAACAAAGUCAAGGGUCCAGCCGACUUGGGACUUUACUACAUUAAUUCUGCCGGUCGCUCUUGUGGUGGCCUAUCUACUGCUCAGUGUUCUCAUAAUUGUGGCGCAAUUGGUUAUCCAGUGUAUUGGUGCUAUCCAAAAGUCUGUUAUUGCCAUUACGGUACAACCCCAGUGGAGGUGGAGUCGAAUGACAUCGAACCACCCACGAUCUAAACUUUUGUUUCAUUCAACAAGUUGCAUUGUUUAAUUUUAUCCAAAGAUUGUCAAUAAUUGUAUGUACGUAAAUUUUGUUAUUAUUUGGUCAACCUAAUGUGCAGGCCUAAAUUAAUUCUCUCAAUAAAAUAUAAGUGUUCUUGCAAA